AUGGAUAGAAAGACUCGUAGGAUGAAAAUGAAGACAGUGGAAAGUUUAGUUUGCUUAGUAAAAUCAGUAGAAAAUAAAUAUACUACUAUUGAUUUACAAAACGAAACUUCUGUGUAUGGACUUGUUAAAGAAGUUGAUUGUGAUAUGAACGUGACCUUAUGCGAUGUUACUCUUACUGAUCCAAAUGGUAAUAGAUAUUCUUGUGAUAAUUUCUUUUUAAAAUCAAGAUUGAUACGUUAUGUUCAUUUAUCUCGAACAGUAGAUAUAUUUCAAUCUAUGAAAGAUGUAAUUAGAAAAACAUUUCCUGCUAGAGUUAAGAAACCAACAGCUUAUUCCUUCAAGAAAAAGAAAACAAUGGCUAGACAAGAACAACUUAAAAGGGAAGUACAAAAUAUGAACAGUAGUAAAGAUGAUAAAUCCUAGUUAUAGACUAUAGUAUACAUUGUUAAUUUAAAAUAUUUUUUUAAUUGUAGACAUCAGAUAUAAUUAAAAACUAGUUUUUCAAUAUAAUAAUUGUGUAUGUCAUAGUUUGCUUUAAAGAUGCUAACUUAAAUAUACAUCUGAAUAUAAUAUAU